CUCAUGUCUACCCAGAGGACUGUGCGGCGGGUGAUGUGCGCAGGCGCGGCGGCCAUGUUGGUGACUGAGCUUUCUGACGGCUGGAGGAGUAUUGCACGCCGAGCCGGGAGAUCACAGUGAGAGGCCGGGAGGUGAGAAGAGACGAAGAGCAGAUAGUGAAAGUAUAAAGACCGUUCAUCAUGUCUCGAAGAUAUGAUUCAGAACUACGAUCUUCUCCCAGAGGGCCGCCUGUACCAGGUGGAAUAUGCCAUGGAAGCCAUCGGACACGCCGGCACCUGCUUGGGAAUUUUGGCAAAUGACGGAGUUUUGCUGGCGGCUGAGAGAAGAAACAUCCACAAACUCCUGGACGAGGUUUUCUUCUCCGAAAAAAUCUACAAAUUAAAUGAUGACAUGGCGUGCAGUGUGGCUGGAAUCACGUCGGAUGCCAACGUUUUGACUAACGAACUGCGGGUAAUCGCUCAGCGAUAUCUCCUCCAGUACCAGGAGCCCAUCCCCUGUGAACAGUUGGUGACGGCUCUGUGUGACAUCAAACAAGCUUACACACAGUUCGGAGGGAAGCGGCCAUUCGGUGUCUCGUUGCUGUACAUCGGCUGGGACAAGCACUACGGGUUCCAGCUAUACCAGAGUGACCCCAGCGGCAAUUACGGGGGAUGGAAAGCUACAUGUAUCGGGAACAACAGUGCGGCUGCAGUGUCCAUGUUGAAACAAGACUACAAGGAGGGUGGCAUGACGAUGAAGGCGGCCUUGGCCUUAGCAGUUAAAGUCCUUAACAAGACAAUGGAUGUCAGCAAGCUGUCCGCCGAGAAAGUGAAAAUCGCCACAUUAACGGAGAACGGAAAGACCAAAAUCCGAGUCCUCAAACAAGAAGUGGAGGAAUUAAUAAAACUUCACCGAAGCGGAAGAAGCCAAGAUCGGAAAGAGAAGAAAGAAAAAGAGCAGAAAGAGAAGGAUAAAUAAUGGCGGUAAAGUGUACCUGUCACUGAUGGAGGACCUGUCGGCGUUUCAGACGACGCAGCUUUGUGGGUUUACUGGGAACCAAUCGUACUGCGCGGCUUGUGACGGGGGCGGCGGUGUCACAUGCUCUUGGUAUAUUGAUCGGCUGAAUGUUGGAUCAGUUCUGAAAAGUAGCGCCUCCGUUCUGAGUGACAGGUACUCUUUACAGUUCAUCACCUGUUUGUUUUGGCUUCCUUAAAUAGAUUCUGAAAUUAAAUU